UAAAUACGUCACGGCACUCCCAGCCUACGGUGUGAAAUGAUCAUAAAGAUUACUGUAUGUCAGUGGGAGCAGGAGGGAUAAUGCGUUCCUGGCAUGGUGGUCUGAUUGUACUUUGUUUCAUGUGCUCAGUGUUUGGACAAGUACACAAACCAAAGAAUGUCCAUAUGGAUUCUGUAAAUUUCAAGAGCAUUUUAAGAUGGGAACCAGGCCGUCUCUUGGAUGGAAACAGGACAUACACAUACACAGCUCAGUAUAAACUUAAUAUCCCCAGUAUCCGUAACUACAGCAAUGUAUGUGUAGGGAUUCAAGAAACACAUUGUGAUUUCUCACGUGUACGAUUUGAUUCGUUGCUGCGAGUAAGAGCAGAGCUCAACGAAAGUGUGUCUGGAUGUGUACAGAUUUUAUUUGACCCAUACACUCAAACAAUUAUCAGUGCUCCGACAGUAAAAGUCACCUCCAGAGCAGGACAUCUAGAUGUUAGCUUCUUUGGACCCAUCAAAGAGCCGGAAAAUUUGUCACUGAAAACAGUCUAUGGCAGCUUGUAUUAUAAUGUUUUAUACUGGAAAGCCAGCAGCCCUUCAGAGGUUACAACAGUGACCACUGAAGAAACUGUUGUCAUUUUACAUAAAUUAGAAAAAUGGACAGAUUACUGCAUCAAAGUACAAGCUGCUGUUCCUGUGUAUUAUCAGGUUGGACAAUUCAGUGAAGUUAUAUGUGAGAAGACUAAAGAUGAUGGAAAAACGGAACCAUGGAAGAUUGUACUGUUAUUCAUAGGCAGUAUGCUUAUAGUAACCGCUGUAGUGAUUGGGAUAUAUUAUUUGAUACUGAAAACUUACAAGACAACUAGAUAUAUAUUCUUUGCUUCAUAUUCAUUCCCAGAGCAUCUGAAGGAGUAUUUGAACAAUCCUUUCUAUACCACAUCGUCAAUGCUACCUAUUGAAGAAAGUGUAGAAACCUGUGAGCAGCUAACGUUCAUAUCUGAAGAGAAGGAGGAUAACAGCACAACAGCCUAAAUACAGACUCUCAUUUGCUUGUGGAUUUUUUUUUAUGAAUAAUAAUAUUUUAUUAAAGUGUGUGAAAGAUUAAAAACAUACCUGGUUGCAUUAGGAGAGGUAAUAGUAGCAAAAAAAGCAGGGUACUUAUGCUACUUUACAGAUCAUUAGUUAGGAUUCAUCUAGAAACUGUCCGAAGGAGGUCUACUAAAAUGGAGAAAUGUGUAGAAGCAUUUUUUUUACAGAAAGGCUGGUGGACUCAUAGAAUAAGCUUCCAAUAGAGGUGGUAAACACAAGGACUGUAAAAAAAUAAAAAAAUAUAUAUAUAUAAAUGCCUGGGACAUGCAUAAGGCUAUCCUAAGAAAAGAGUAACAUUUAAUAUGGGUAGACUUGAUGGGCCUUUUUGGUUCUUAUCUACCGUCAAAUUCUAUGUUUCUAUAAAUACUUCUCUAUUGUCUAAGAUCUUGCAGGAUUACCACGGGUUAGAAGUUCUUCUGUUGUUCCUGCUGUUUCUCCCACCAGGGCAAAUGUUCCAGGUUCUACCCAUGACACAUUCAAACUCCAGCCAACCCUGAUAACGGUACACCCUGUCCAUGGUACCCUUCUACUGCAGCUCUACACACAUCCCCCUUAUUUCGCUGUCCUCUAGAGCCUCUGGGAAAUUUUGGUAUUUUUGAGGCCUAGCUGGAUUGAGUCUACUCAACUAAAAAAAAAAAAAAAAUUGAUUUUGUUGUUUUUAUAUACAUUUUUAUUGUGGAACUGUUAAUAUAAAUGUUUUCUUAUUUAAUGUUAUUACAAAAUAUAUUUUUUAGAAAAGUU